UGGCGGGCUUGCAUCUGCCAUGCUCUUCAGUCGCGCUUGGUCCUUGAGUGCGACAACUCAACCCGCUCGCGCUGAGAUGGUGGUGACUGAGGGAGACGGAAGUGGAGGCGGAGAACGAAGAGGUGGAGGUGGAGAACGAGGUGUUAGGCGGGGAAGUGGAGGAGGGUUGAACUGUUGGAGAACGCGCUCGGGGUCCAUGCAGUGCCUGGCGGCCCUUGUUGGAGGGUUUGUGUUGGGGCUGACGCUGGCCCUCCUUCACUCCGCGGCAUUUUACUUACCGAGCGCCACGCAUCAUCAGGAACAGAGGGAUGUGAUGGGCGUCUCUUGGGAGAACAGCGUGCAAGAGCCAUCGCCACAGGAACUAAACGUGGCGAAAAAUCCCGCAGAGUUUCGACCGCUCCCCGCACGCAGCUUGCCGCCCAGACACCGAGAUACUUGUUACGGCACCGUCGCCCAGCGUCUCUUCGAAAAGGUCCGGAUCCUAUGCCUCGUGGUGACGUACCCCGCCCACCACGCCUCGCACGCCGUCCACAUCUACAGAACCUGGGGUCGGAGAUGCACCAAAAUCCUCUUCGUCACCAACCCUGAUAGCGAAGAGAAAGGAGAGGAAAAGCAACAACAAGAAGAAGGAGAGGAAAGAGAGGAGGACGAAAGCGUGCUGGAUUUGCCGCUGCUGACCGUCCCGCACGCAAUGGGCGACCGGAGCGGACUGUGGAACAAGACGAGGGAUGCCUUUCGCCACGCCUACCUCCAUUACUACAACGACUACGACUGGUUUGUGAAAGCCGAUGACGACACCUACUUCAUCAUGGAGAAUUUGAGGUACUGGCUGCACGACAAAGAUCCGGAAGUCCCGUAUUAUUAUGGAUGCCAUUUUGAUGUCAUCGUACCGCAGGGAUACAUGAGCGGCGGCGCAGGAUACAUCCUGAGCCGCGGCGCCCUCCAAGCCUUCGUGGACGCAGGCCAGGACAACCAGACGCUCGCCUACUCCCAGGGGGCUGAAGAUGUCCAGAUGGGAUACUUCAUGGAGGCAGCAGGAGUCCGACCUGGGGAUUCGAGAGAUGAAAAGGGACGCCCCAGGUUCUUCCCUUUCAUUCCUUCGGACGUAGUGGUUCCUAAGAUGAAAAACCUCGACUACUGGUACUGGGAGAACCUCGCUCACGAUCACGAGCAGGGGUUAGGCUGCUGCAGUGACACCACCAUUUCUUUCCAUUAUGUGAAGGAGGGUCUACUUUACACUCUUGAAUUCUUAAUCUACCACUUCAAAGCAUAUGGCCUUGGGGUACCUGCUAGAGACUGCUGACAAUGGCUCUUCAGUAUAGUGUAAAGAAAUCAGUAGUAUAAGAAGAAAGGACAUGCUGUGAUAAGAACUUGGAAGGAAAAUGAGAAGUGGG